AUGGCUGCUUCUCCACGAAAUAUUUUAAGUAGUUUUGCUUCAACAGGGGUAUUUCCUUUGAAUCUAGACAUUAUUUCUGAUGAUAAAUUUGCUCUCAGUUGUGUUACUGGUCGUAUGAUAUUUUGGAAACAUCCUCUUUUGUUAAGAACUAUGAAACUAUUUUUCAACGUAAUGACUAAUAUAGAGAAAAAAUUUAAAACUAGAUUCAAUGUUGAAGAAGCUCUCCAUUAUGUAUUAUCUCCUUGCUCUGAUUCUGAGCUAUCUGAUUUGGAGGAUGAUGACACUGAAGAGCCUGAUUUUCAACUUGAAAGAUUGAAUGAUGAUAUUGUACCAGAUAUUGAUUGCAGUGAUGAAGAUGAUAAUGUUGAAAGUGAUAACGAAAGUGAAACUGAUAGUUGUAUACAGCUAAUCUUUAGAUGGAGAAACAAAGAACCUCCUCUAUCAAAUUUUGAGUUUUCUGGGGCUGGUUUUAGUCAAUCACCCCAAUGUUAUGAUGAAAUGACACCAUUGACAUUUUUCAAGCUUUUCUGGGAUGAUUCUAUAACUAAUACACUUGUGGGACAAACAAAUUUUUAUAGUGUUCAGAAAAAUGGAAAAUCUAUGAACACAAAUAAGGAUGAAAUAGAGAAGUUUCUUGGUAUGCACAUGAUGAUGUCAAUAAUACUAUUACCUGCUUACCACAUGUAUUGGGCAAAGGAAACUAGAUAUGCCCCAAUAGCUGAUGCCAUGCCAAGAAAUCGAUAUAAACAACUACGCCACUUUUUGGAUGCAAAUGACAAUACAAAUAAAGAUGAUGUUGCUAAUAAAAACAAUAAACUGCUUAAGGUGCAACCAAUUCUUGGUGUGAGGAAAAAUUGUAUACUUAUUGAACAUGAGGAAAAACAGAGUAUAGAUGAACAAAUAAUUCCUGCUAAAACCAAAUUUAGUGGCAUACGUCAAUACAAUGCAAACAAGCCAAUAAAAUGGGGGUUUAAAAAUUUUGUUAGAGCUGGUGCAUCUGGUAUGAUGUUUGAUUUUUUAAUGUAUUCUGGAGCAUGUGUAAAUAUAAAAUGUAAUGGGGAAUAUGUUGUAAGAAAGCUUUGCGAAACGCUUCCAAAAAAUGUUAAUCAUAAACUGUUUUUUGACAAUUGGUUUACAUCUUUGGAUCUGUGUUUGAAGCUAAAAAUUGAUGGAAUUUUAACCACAGCAACAAUUAGAUCAAACAGAAUAAAAAAAUGUCCACUCUCAGCAGAGAAAGAAUUAAAAAAAAAAGGGCGUGGCAGCAGUUGCUAUUUCACAGAUGUCAAUUCAGGGUUGGUUUUGGUGAGAUGGUUUGACAACAAAUGUGUUCAACUAGUUUCUACAUUCUCUUCCCCCAUUUCGUUAUCAAAUGUCAAAAGGUGGAAUCGAAAAAAUAAAUCCUAUGUCAGUGUUUCCUGUCCUGAAAUUGUAAAGGAGUAUAACAAGUCUAUGGGAGGAGUUGACUUAGCUGACAUGCUAAUAUCCCUUUAUCGCACCCCAAUAAAAACAAAGAGGUGGUAUUUGAAGGUGAUAUUUCAUUGA